AGUCCUCGGAGCAUCCGCGAAGACCGGGAUGCUAUCGGGCUGACAUCAGUACCAUGGCAGCCGAUCUCUACGCGAAUGGCUCUCUGAAGUCAACGUCCGCCAGGGCAGUAGGCAGCAUGGGGCAGCGCAAAUCGGGCGCCCUGGGCGCCGCGGCGCCCAUAUCGACGGAGGAGGAGCAGCUGAAGUUUCAAGACACCAGAUUUCUGGCGACUUUGGUGCUCGGCAGAAGUAGGAGGAUCUCGCCCGACGUGCUGCCGUCGUGCUCGCCCGGCGUGUUUCGCCAGAAGUCGUUUCGCUCGUCCACGCCGCCGCCGCCGCCGCCGCUCAGGGUGCCAACAGCAGCAGCGUCAGCGACAUCGGCGUCCUCACCGGCCGCCCGGAACAGCCGGGGCGCAUCCGCGGCCGCGACGAACGAUCGCUGCGCCCCCCGCGCAGCCACCCCCGGCGUCAGCGCCGCCACCCUCAGCCCGGCCGCCGCUCCGCCACGUGACGGCAGCUCGCGGGCCGCCAGCACCGCUUCGUUGUCGCGGGGCGCCCGAGCGGCCAGCAAGCACGCGCGCCUCGGCACGGCACUGGCCAGCAAAAUGGCGUCCGCGAGCACCUCCACGGUCGUGCAGGGCUGGCCGAAUACCAAGGACGAUUACGAGCUCAAGGAGGUUAUCGGGGUCGGAGCAACCGCCGUGGUGCACGCUGCGUUUUGCAUUCCGCGGCAGGAGAAAUGCGCGAUCAAGCGGAUAAAUUUGGAGAAAUGGAACACGAACAUGGACGAGCUGCUGAAAGAGAUCCAGGCGAUGUCCUCUUGCAACCACGAAAACGUCGUGACGUACUACACGUCGUUCGUGGUGAAAGAGGAGCUCUGGCUGGUCCUGCGAUUGCUGGAGGGUGGUUCCCUGCUGGACAUCAUCAAGCACAAAACCAGGACCACCAAUUGCAAACACGGGGUGUUCGACGAGGCGACCAUUGCCACGGUACUUCGAGAAGUGCUCAAGGGGCUUGAAUACUUCCACAGCAACGGACAGAUUCACAGGGACAUAAAAGCGGGUAAUAUCCUACUAGGCGAGGAUGGCACGGUGCAGAUCGCCGAUUUCGGUGUCAGCGCGUGGCUCGCCACCGGACGCGACCUGAGCCGGCAAAAGGUCCGGCACACCUUCGUCGGUACGCCGUGUUGGAUGGCGCCCGAGGUCAUGGAGCAGGUGAGAGAGGACCAUGGCUACGAUUUUAAGGCCGACAUAUGGUCACUUGGCAUCACGGCGAUCGAGAUGGCCAGCGGCACGGCGCCGUACCACAAAUAUCCCCCGAUGAAGGUCUUGAUGCUGACGCUGCAGAACGAUCCACCGACUCUCGAUACCGCCGCGGACGACAAGGACCAAUAUAAAGCGUACGGGAAGACAUUCCGAAAAAUGAUCGUCGACUGUUUACAAAAAGACCCCACCAAGAGACCAACAGCCACCGAGUUGCUGAAACAUCCCUUUUUCAAGAAAGCCAAAGAUAAGAAAUAUCUGCAGCAGACGUUAGUGGCGAUUGGACCCAGUUUAGAAACACGUGUACAAAAGGCGUCAAAAAGGCAACCUGGCACGUCGGGCCGUUUGCACCGAACGGUGACCGGCGAAUGGGUCUGGUCAGAAGAAGAGAACAACGGUGACUCGAGCAGCGACGAAGGCAAAGAAACGUUACCGGUCAACACGAUCGAAAAGGCAAGCAGCGAUGAAGAAGCCGGCGAGCCCGAUGAGUACUACGGUCAAAUCAAGGUAGCACCGAGUCAAAUCGCGAUACCAGCUACCGGACAAAAUGUUCCUAUAAACUUGGUGCUUAGAUUACGGAACGAAAGACGGGAGCUUAAUGACAUUAGGUUCGAAUUUACGGUUGGAGUGGAUUCCGCGCAAGGAAUCGCGGCAGAACUGGUCGCUGCAGGCUUGGUCGAUGGCAAGGACGUUGUGGUAAUAGAAACAAAUCUGAAAAAGUUGAUAGAGAGUGGAGGACAAUUGCGAACAGUGACGUUUUCCUUGAAUUCUGGUUGUGCAGUGAAUGAAGUAUCAGAUGACAAGGCGUUAAUAGGAUUUGCUCAGAUCUCCAUCACUGAUUAAACAACCUCGAUUGCGUUCUCAACUCUCGAGAUAAUGCUCUUAAUUGAUACAUUCGCCAAGAUCCAGAUAGUACCAAAAGCUAACGAAUCGGCUAUAGGUGUUAUUUCUCAAAAUAAACUAGAUGGUAAAAACAAAAUAGAUUCAGUACACACAACACAUAUAAAUCAGUGAUCGCUGAAUGUUUGCCAGCAAAUUUUGAUCUUAGCUUUUGAUACUUUCGUUUCUUCCAGAUUCUAAUAGUCGAUUGCAGGGCAUAGGUGUUCGAAAAAAAAACAUUUGUUACAACACAUCGGUAGUAACAAAUUGCUCAAGUGUGUGUCUGAUAACAUCGUCAAUGUUCAUAGGGACAAUCGAACAGGGCGGAUGCGUAAAAACAUCAUCAUUCAUGUACUGGCUUAAAGACAUACACUUACUAUAAUUAAUAAUGGCUGUAGUUUUACAUAACCGAAUUAUAUCGUUCGUAUUACGUCAGUUAUGUAAAUAUUAGUAUUUGACCGUUAUUUUCUUUCUUUUUCUUUGUGGUUAAUAUAUAUGAAAAGGGAUAAAAAUAUAUCGCGAAAUAUACGAUAUUUCGUAUAAAUAAGAGCGAACUAAGAGAAUCGAGAGAGAGAGAGAGAUAGAGAGAGAGAGCGACAGAGAAAAUGCUUGAUAGUUUAACUUAUUUGUUCAAAAUACAUAUGAGCAGUUUCUCUUGAAUAGCAAGGUCUUAGUUAUAUAAAGAAACCAAUUGAGUAUGCUACACACAGAGUCAUCAUGUUUAUGUAUCAUAUACAGAUUAAUUGCAUAUAUAUAUACAUAUAUACUAUACAUUAUAUAUUUAUAUAUAAUAUGCUUCACGCUAGGGAAAAAAGAUAGACAAUGUUGAAAUAAAACUCUUUUGUACUUAAUUAAAUAGACUUACGAUAGAGCAAAUUAAUAUUUUCACAGUUUUUAGACGAGCGAGAGAGGGAGUGGAUCGAAAAAUUUUUACCUCGUACGUCUCGAGAAUUUUUAAAUUAAAUCAUCUUUUUGUAAAGUACAUCAUGAAAUGGAUAAAAUCAGAAUCACGUGAGAAUGUAAACAUAGCAAAAUAACAGUGGAAAAUUGAGAUAUAAUUUCGAAUCGAGUGUUCACAAUUUGCAUUCUUGUAUCUUAGAAAUUGUUUUAAACAAUUUUUUUGCAAUGUUCUUCGUUGUGUUAAGAAAUCGGUAUAGUAUAUAAAGCGUUUUUUAAACAAAUAAAAAUGAUUAUAUAAUUUUAUGAAACUUUGAAUAUUAUUAAAAUUGAAUUUUUUAAUAAAUUUUGAUGAGAGAUUUUAAUUUCCUUAUAUUUUCUUACAGAGAGGAAUUUCUAAUUGUGAUGUAUGCUAUACAUACAUGUCGCAGAAAUGAAAUCGAGGCAUAAAAGAGAAUACGAAGGAUUUAUCAAAAAUUGAUCAGAGCCGCAAGAGCUGUAAUCGGCGUGAUUCUGUAUUUUAUCGAUUUUUAUACAAACUGCAGCGAGUCGCAUUAUAAUAUGGUAAAGGACAUAUUUCGCAAUCUUCGAUAUUCAAGUACAAUAUACAAUAUGUACUAUUUUCGCCACUUAUCCCUAAGGAGUAGGAUUUUUAAGGAAAUGUAAAAUUCGCACGCGAUUCCACAUUUCCUUUGCCAUAUUGCAGCAAUUACACGCAUACGCAAUUACACGAACACGCAAUGCUAAAUUCGCGACACAAGAUUUGCCGAGUGAAGCAAUGAUCGAAAUACAAAUCUGUUGAUAUACAUGUGAUGAUUGUAUGCAUAUACUCCGUACUAAGAGCCAGCUGUGUGGUUUAAUUAGGCGACACACAUUUUAUGCUUAACACGCGAGGAGUAAACAUAAAUUACUUUUAAGCCGUUGAUAAUCGUACGCUAGCUUAAGUAGACUUUUACGGAUAGUUUGUAUUCGAUGGCACUAGAUCCCGAUAGCACUUGUAGUCCUUCUCGCGCACCACGUUUCGCCGGCAGUGAGUUUCGAUCAAUUCGACAUAGCUUGCGCACCUCACUACGUGCCUUAUCCGGAGAAUGCAUUUGGUCAUAUCGAAAUCUGUCUGUCCACGAUGGAAUCCAACUUCAAUUCAGGAUUUUGCGCCAGGAAAACGGGAUUACUCUUCGCAACACGACUAAAAACCGUGCCAAAUCGAGUGUGUUGUAUGUAGCGAUUAUAAAAAAAAGAUGUGUAUCAAGAGGGGGGGAAAACAAUAAUUUAUUUGUAUCAAUAUCAAACGUCGUUUUGCCAAUGAAGAACCACUGUAUUUUAUUUCAUCGCGAGUAUAACGACUGUGUGUGAGAGAGAGAGAGAAAGCUGUGGACUGCGACAGUCGAGAAUGGAUAAUGGUACUUAACGUCAAUAAAAAAACAAACGGGAUUCCUCCGUGAACCACGGCAGUGGAGUUUGUCUUAUGUCCGAGCGAACACUUCCGUUACUGGAUUACCAGCAAUAAAUUGUUCUUCACAAACGAAUUCUUCGAACGCUGAAUCUUCAGACAGAAUUCCACGGGGCAUGAACUUCGCGGAGAGCUCUCGGGGUCAAUUCUGUAUCGUGACAAUAUAGUGAAAAUGUUAAAACCCAGAUAGCACAAGACACUCCUGUGAACAUUUUAAGAAUAUUCUUCGAGAAUAUUUGAAGUAUUCCAUAGGUCGUUCUUAUAUAUUUAUGUUAUGUUCGUGGAACAUUCGACUGGCACUACUAUAAAUCUUUUUCGAAUGUGAAUAGAAUAAUCUAUCGAAUAUAGCGUGUCGGUUAUAUAUGGUGUGAUCACAGGUUUCGCUGCCUUUCGCACAAGAUAAAUGUAUUACACAAUAAACAAUGACCCACAUUAGUGGUUUCUCUUAUAUUCCAAAAA